AUGACUGGAACAGAUGGUCCAUUAAUCUUCGAUUCGCCAUGGGACACACUUGGGGGCUACCUCGAUAAAAGCUUGACUGAAACGAUGCCUGAGCACGGAGAGUGGGUUGAAGGAGAGAGCAAUACUUGCCGAAGAUUGUGGCUAUCCCUCAGCGACUCCGUCCAAGUAGCUGGCGCCUCUGCUGAAUACUACACAAGAAUUAAGCAUGGGGAUGCGAAGAUCAGUGAUUAUGAAUCGAUCCCAGACUACAUAUCUGGCCUCAUGAACCUCGCCCACGAGGUGAACAAACGAGUCCCUGGCAACCGAGGACGGAUCGAAGACCAGAUGAUCGCUAUGCAACCCAUCCAUUCUCUCCCAUCUUGCAUGAACACCUUGCAGACUAUGCUUGUCCAAAACGCUCCAGCAGCAACCAACAAUAUAGACCGGGAUCUCAAUAAACUAAGAAAAGAGGUACUAGACACAUACACGUUAGGCAACACUUUAUCCGCGAAUGCAUCAGCAAUGGCGACGUCAAGCUCGAUCACGUUCCAACAAGUGACCAGGUGGCUGACGUUCUCACUAAGGGACUCGCGCUGGCUAAACAUGACAAAUUUACGAAGGACAUGGGUGUUAUCGAUGUUAAUCAUCGUUGACGGGCACUAUCCAAGGCCCCAGAGGGUUACAGAAUUCGGAGAGGGUGGUUCUUCGCGCGAGUUCGACUGUAGAGUCCUAGCAGGGGUUAAGACUGAGGUCAUAGUCGAGACAGCGGGUGGUUGGGGGCCGGCAUCCGGGCCAGAAUGCAUGGUGGUGACAGCCGGAUUCGACCUUCAGCCAUUGGUUCCCACGGCUUCACCGUUUGGGCCACAACAAACCGCAAGCCAAGCACAGCUAAAGCCCAAUGCUUCAUCUGCUAAAGCUGGCCCCCACCGCUCUCGAGCCAAAGCCAAUAAAUACAAGAAAUUGGGAAUAAUAAAGACUGAGUUUCUGAUGAAACCCAAUGCUGAGUCUCUCCCAGCUCGUUAUGAUCGACUGAAAAAGGUGGAGAGCAAUUUCUCAAGGGAGGCGAUCCACCAUGCAGAGAACAAUGUGGACAACGUCAUCCUUGAAGCCAUGAAGAACACAGUGAGGGUGGACAUCGACUAUGCGGAGGUUGCAGUGCACAACGACAAGGCCACCAAUGACAAUGGCUCGCAGGAGAAGAUGAUGCGUUUGAGCCUACCGACAGUGCCAGAAGGACAGGACAUAGUGCUAAACUAUGCUCAAGGUGCUGCCAUUGAAGAUAAAAAUGGCACUCUUCUGGCGAUCAGACUGCCCCACGCUCUCGACUACGUCCAUGAUGCCACUGUCAAGGCCAGCGAGAAGUUUAAUAAGGAAUUUAAAUUCCAAGAGUCUGAUUUCAGGCCCCACUUCAAGAAAAAGUCACUUUUUAAAAGCGGUCAGGCCCACUUUGCAUAUUGGCAAGGUGUUGGUGGCUAUCGCAAUUUCCCUACUGUCAGUCACGAUGCCCAGGUUUGCAAGAAGACGGUCAGGGAAUUCCAUCGGGAAUGUGAACCCGUUUACCACACCACGAAUAUUUACAUGGAACGCCUUGCUCCUGAGCUAGCAAAGAGUGGGCAGGAAGUGUGGAACCACGUUAGGCAGUUUCGUGACAAAGAGAAGGACCUGCAGGCAGUGAAGUCGCACUUUGUCAGUCAUGCAGUAAUUUUCAACUCGGAUGAGGAUUACCACAAGGACACCAAUUCAUGCUGGUCUGGCUUUGACGCUGUGGCCGUUUUGGGAGAAUAUGAGGGGGGUCUACUUCAUUUUCCUGAGCUUGGAUACUCCUUCCCCUCUCGCCCAGGUGACCUCUUCUUCAUCAGGGGUGCAGCCUUCACUCACUCAGCCAGGGGUUGGGAAGGAGCUGGAUGA